ACUUCACCGGACACACUAAAGAUGCAACCGGAAAAAUUGAAUACAAUGGGAGUAACACCAAGCUUGAUGCUGUUAUGAAUUCAGUCCUGGGAAUUAUAGGUGCUGCAGUUACCAUUGUGGUAAUGGCAAUUCCAGAAGGGUUACCUUUGGCUGUCACUUUAACUCUGGCCUAUUCCAUGAAGCGUAUGGUGAAGGAUAAUGCCUUGGUGCGGAAACUGUCAGCAUGUGAAACCAUGGGUUCAGCCACCACAAUCUGCACUGACAAAACAGGCACUCUUACUUUAAAUGAGAUGAAGGUUAUAGAGUUUUGGGUUGGCAAAGAAAUGAUCAACAAUUCUCUAUCCCAUGAAAUAUCAUGUAAUCUCUUUCAAUUAAUUAAUGAAGGGGUUGGUUUAAACAGUAGUGGUACCGUUUACAAACCAGAUUCUACUUCAGUUCCAGAAAUCUCUGGAAGUCCAACCGAGAAAGCAAUACUCUCUUGGGCUGUGACCAAUUUGGGUAUGAACGUUAAUGAACCAAAACUGAAUUGUGAAAUAAUUCAUGUCGAAGCCUUCAAUUCAGAGAAAAAGAAGAGCGGGGUUCUGAUAAGGAGAAGCAAACAGAGUGCACUUGCAAUUCACUGGAAAGGGGCAGCUGAAAUCAUACUAGCCAUGUGUUCAACCUACUAUGACAAAACUGGGACAGUGAAGGACAUGAAUGAUGAAGAAAGAAUGAUGAUUGGAGCCAUAAUUGAACAAAUGGCAGCUAAAAGCUUGCGUUGUGUUGGAUUUGCUUAUGCAAAAGUAAGAGAAGAAAAUGAACAGAUUCAUUUGAAGCUUGAAGAAACAGGACUCACCUUGCUGGGACUUGUUGGUUUGAAGGACCCAUGUCGGCCAGGUGUCAGAGAGGCAGUAGAAUCUUGCAUAAAAGCAGGUGUCAAUAUCAAAAUGAUCACAGGAGACAACCUGCACACAGCAAGAGCUAUAGCUGUUGAAUGUGGUAUUCUCAGUCUUGAUGAGGAUUUAACAAAUGAAGCUGUAGUGGAAGGUGUGCAGUUUAGAAAUUACUCACCUGAAGAAAGAAUGCAAAAGAUUGAAAAUAUCAGAGUAAUGGCUCGAUCAUCCCCCUUUGACAAGCUUCUAAUGGUACAAUGCUUGAAGCAGAAUGGGCAUGUGGUAGCAGUCACAGGAGAUGGUACAAACGAUGCUCCAGCACUAAAAGAAGCAGAUAUUGGGCUUUCCAUGGGAAUUCAAGGCACCGAAGUCGCCAAAGAUAGCUCAGACAUCGUCAUUUUGGAUGACAACUUCACCUCUCUGGUGACUGUUUUGAGAUGGGGAAGGUGCGUCUACACCAAUAUCCAAAAGUUUAUUCAAUUUCGACUUACAGUGAAUAUUGCUGCCUUGGUCAUUAACUUCAUUGCAGCUGUUUCUUCUGGUAAAGUUCCUCUAACUGCAGUCCAGCUAUUGUGGGUGAACCUCAUAAUGGACACCUUGGGGGCACUAGCCUUGGCCACUGACCAACCUACCAACGAUCUCAUGAAAAAGCCACCUGUAGGCCGUGUUGAGCCCCUUAUAACCAAUGUAAUGCGGAGGAACCUCAUUGCUCAUUCCCUCUAUCAGCUAGAGAAGAGAAACAUAUUUGAAGGGAUACACAAAAACAAGUUGUUUUUGGCAAUCAUUGGAAUUACAGUAGUUCUUCAAGUGAUAAUGGUGGAGUUUCUAAGGAGGUUUGCUAAUACUGAGAGGUUGGAUUGGAUGCAAUCGGGUGCUUGCAUUGGUAUCGCAGCUCUGUCAUGGCCGAUUGGUUACGUAGUUAAGCAUGGCGGUUUGCUGAAAACACCGGGAAUGGGUGGUAGAGGUAGGAAGAAAAAGGAUGCCCCACCUAGGGGAGGUCCAUCAAAAGAGGUUAGUGGUACAAAAAGUGUUGAGAAUGAUGCUAAGAAUAGUCCGAUUGAGGAUGCUAUUAAGGAGCAAGUAGAGGAAGUAAAGCUCGUUGCACGGGAUCUUGAGCUUAUGGGUCUUGUGGUAGAGGAGGUGGGUGAGUUGCAGUCAGAUCCUAGGGAUACUGGGGUGGAUGAGGCGACAACAAUUGAGUCUAGAAAGGAGGCUGUGGUAACUCAGGUUCUCACUAAUUUAGAGGAGGGGAAGAGGGAAGGUAAAAGGGUAGUGGGUUCAGAUACCCAAUCUCUAGAAUCCCCUGCUAAGCUUUUAAUUGGUACCAAUGGGGCUACUUCUUCGGGUGUAAAGACUGAGAUUCCUAGAGUUCGGUGGAUUGAUUUGGUUGAUGGAGAGAAGGAUGAAGUACUGACUCAGCCACUACGGAAGUCGGUUAUAAGUUGGUUGUCGAUAGUGCAAGGAAACAGAGAUAUUAAGAAGGGAUGGGAGUUGCAAUAUGUAAAACCUCAAGACCCCUCUGGUGCUGUGGUGAUUACCAAGGAUGAAUGGUAUCAGGGUUCCAAGGUAUGGGAGAAUGCUUUAGUUGGUUAUGUCCUUGGAUGCAAGCCGCAUUUCAAGGAUAUGGCUAAUUAUGCUAAUAAUAGAUGGAAGGAAUUCCAAGUACCAAAGGUUUUUUCACUUAAGAUUGGUGUAUUUUUGUUUGAUUUUGCAGAUGGGGAGGCGAAGCAGGCUGUCUUAGAAAAGAGAUGGACUUUUCAGGACCAUCAUCUAAUUUUGAAACAAUGGACCCCUGAGUUUGAUCCUGAUAACCUUGAUGUUAGCAAGAUACCCGUGUGGAUUCAGUUUCCUGAUUUGCAUUUGAGUCUUUGGAAUCCUAAAAGCUUAGGGAAAAUGGCCAGUUACCUGGGUGUUCCUAUUGCUACUGAUGCAUUGACUGCUAAGAGGCAACGAGCGUCUUUUGCUAGGAUGCUAGUGGAAGUUGAGAUUAUGGAGGAGUUACCACAGGUGGUACCUGUAGUUGGGCCCAAGGGUAUUUUUCAGCAACCAGUAAUCUUUGAAUGGUCCCCAGUGCGCUGUGGAAAAUGUGGUAACCUUGGACAUGAGGAAAGGUAUUGUAAGGCUAAAAUUAAGAAGAUGUGGGUAGUUAAAGGUUCUGUGGAACAGAAGCAGCUUAUUAAGCCUAGUAUGCAGCAAGAUGAUGCAGCUAUGGACAUGCCUACAAUGGAAUCUGACCAUGUCAAAGGAAUUGUUGUUGAUGAUGGUAAUGUGACAGCUUUGUUUCCGGAAGUGUUUUCAAGACAGGUUGGUGAAAAAGCUAGUGGUGGACAAGUUCUUGCUCAGAAGGAUGGGAUGCAAGCGGCUGGUGGAGAUGCUUUUAAUACUCCAAGUGAAAGGGAGUCUUUAUGGCAGAGUCUUGAUCUUUUGGGUGCUCAAAACCAGCCUUGGAUUGUAUUAGGGGACUUUAAUAUUGUGCUUAAGCAGGAAGAGAGAUUUUACUGGUUGAACUACACUUGGUGUAACAAUCAAUAUGGUGAGGCUAGGCUUUAUUGCAAAUUGGAUAGGGCUUUAGUCAAUGCUGCUUGGCUUACAAAUUUUCCUAUGUCUGCUGCAUGCUUUUUAAAUGCUGGUAUCUCGGAUCAUUCUCCAUGUGUAAUUACAAUGGAGGUUGUUUCCAAUGUUCUGCAUAAGGCAUUUAGAUUUUGUAACAUGUGGACGAAGGAUGAGGAAUUCCUGAAUUUAGUAAAGCUGGCUUGGCAACAAGAGGUAAGAGGCUACCCUAUGUAUGUCCUAGUGCAAAAACUCAAGGCAGUUAAAUUGCAAAUGAAGAAGCUACAUCGAGCUAAGUUUGGAGGUUUGCAACAGAGGGUUUCUUGUGCAAAGGGAGAGCUUAUUAAGAAACAAGAGGCAUUGCAGUCUAAUCCUUUUAAUGAUCAUAUAAUACAGGAAGUGAAGGAAGCUACUCGAGAAUAUGAAAGGGUAGUUGAAGCUGACCUAAUGUUGGCAGCACAAAAAGCUAAAGUUGAUUGGCUUAGAGAGGUUGAUACCAACUCUUCAUAUUUUCAUGCAAUAGUGUAAGAGAAACAACACAAAGGGAAUAUUGCUAGUUUGACUACUGAAGCUGGCAAAAGAAUUACUCAAAGGGAUGACAUUGGCCAAGAAUUUGUUAAUUUCUUCCAAAUUUUAUUUGGUACCUCUGUUGAAGGGGUUCCUUCUAUUGAUUCUGCUAUAGUUAAAAGAGGAAGGUUACUUUUAAAUGAGGAGAGCCUAAGAUUGUGUAGGCCCUUUAAUGAAGAGGAGAUUAAGGA